GCGGCCAUCUGCGACUCUAUAUGGCCCAAAGGCUGGCGGGCUCAGCACCGGUUUUCAUUGCCAACGUACGAUACCAUCGGAUUGUAAUAUAAAAGCUCUAUCAUACACGCCUCUAUCUCUCUCACUUCCUCAAAAUGGCCGUCUAUCAAGCAACUGCAUCUGCUCCAGUCAAUAUCGCCUGUAUCAAGUAUUGGGGAAAACGAGACACGAAGCUGAUUCUCCCAACGAAUUCAUCGCUGUCUGUUACACUAGAUCAAGAUCAUCUGCGCUCUACCACGACUUCUCGGGCCGACCCAUCGUUCACCAAGGAUAGACUCUGGCUCAAUGGUACAGAGGAUGAAAUCAAAGCCGGUGGGCGUUUAGCCACCUGCAUCUCAGAGAUGAAACGCAUGCGAAAGGAAUAUGAAGACCAGAACCCGAAUGAGCCCAAGCUAUCGGAUUUUUAUGUCCACAUUUGUUCACGCAAUAACUUCCCCACCGCGGCAGGUCUUGCCUCUUCCGCUUCUGGAUUCGCUGCUCUUGUUUCAUCACUUGCUGCUCUCUACAAACUUCCUGCCUCUCCCUCCAAACUCUCUCUGAUCGCCCGGCAAGGAUCUGGCUCAGCGUGUCGUUCCUUGUUCGGCGGAUUUGUCGCCUGGGAGCAGGGAACUUCCCCUGAUGGAUCGGAUUCUUUCGCAGUUGAAGUCGCACCUCGUGAACACUGGCCCGAUAUCCACGCCCUCAUUUGUGUUGUCUCCGACGACAAGAAAGGCACAUCAUCCACCUCUGGGAUGCAGCGUACCGUCGAGACAUCUGCCCUCCUUCAGCACCGUAUCAAACACGUCGUCCCGGAGCGUAUGCGCGCAAUCUCCGAAGCCAUCAAGGCUCGCGACUUUGACGCAUUCGCUCGCAUUACAAUGCAAGACUCGAACCAGUUCCACGCUGUCGCACUCGAUACUGAGCCUCCAAUCUUCUACAUGAAUGACGUCAGCCGUGCAAUUAUUGCACUCGUCGUUGAGUACAAUCGUGUAUCCGUCGAGGCAGGUGGCAAGCUCAAAGCCGCUUACACCUAUGACGCCGGUCCCAAUGCAGUCAUCUAUGCACCGAAGGAGAAUUUGCGCGAGAUCGUAGAAAUGAUUGUUAAAUACUUCCCACAAGCGGAUCCAUUCAAGGAUCCAUUCGGUCUAUUCGGCGCUGCAGGCGUGACAGAAGGAGGGGUGAUACCUGGGUUCAACACGGCUGUGGCCAAGCAGUUUGAAGUAGGAGCUGUCAAAAACCUGAUCCAUACCCGUGUCGGAGAUGGUCCUAGAGUGCUGGGCGCGGAAGAGGCGUUGUUGGGUGCAGAAGGGUUCCCGAAAUCUAUUUCAUGAUCUCGCUAUGGUACAUGCAUAGUAACUUUGUUGGUGUUGUGCUUAUCUGGGUCUCUUGCUUUUAUACAUUUGAUAAAUAAAAACUAAUGUUAGUGCCUGCUGAACAGA